AAAAAGAGGAGAGAGAAAGAGGUAUUAUUAAUAAUUUUUUCUUUGCCUUUACCAAUUGCCGACCUUUGAUUAUUUUACACCCUCACAAACCCACACCUUAAAAAUUCCAAUCCCAUUUCUCCAUCUAUCUUUUGCUCUUCACAAAAAAAGAAAAAAUACCCACCAUUUCUCCAUCUUCUCUCUCCAAAACCCAGAAAUUAGUUUUUGUUUUCAUCAUCAUCAUCUUCAUCUUCUUCAUUUUUGCAAAAAAAAAUCAAACCCAGAAAAAAAAACUACUAUUAUGGCACAGAAGAGAGAGAAAGAUGAAACUUUAGAGCUCAAAGUUCCAGCUGAAACACCCCUUUCUCUCUCCUGCCCGGAUAAUUGCAAAAAAAUCACAUCUUCAUCAUCUUCUACCUCAAAUACCACCCGGCCCGACAUGGCCCGUAUAGAUCCGGUCAGCUCAGAGCCAGCCCGACCCAGAUCCGAAAGAGAAGACCAUCAACAACAACAAGAACACCACGAAACGACGUCGUUGUUGAAGGAUACCCAACAAAACGCAGCGUCUUCUGAUUUAUUAUUAUCAUCCGUUUCAACAAACCCAGUUAAAAAAGCGGUCAACAGGUGUUCGGGCUGCGGUAAACGGGUCGGGCUGACCGGGUUUCGGUGUAGAUGUGGAGAUCUGUUUUGUGCAGAUCACAGGUAUUCAGAUCGUCAUGAUUGCAGUUAUGAUUAUAAAACUGCAGGAAGAGAAGCAAUUGCUAGAGAAAAUCCUGUUGUUAGAGCUGCUAAGAUCUUGAAGGUUUAGGAUUUUUAAUCGGUCAAAGUUUAAGUCAAAGGAGAGAGAAAAACUAGAGAUGGGUUUUUUUCCGGGUUUGGGCUGGAUAAGGUGGGUUUUGGUGGGUUGGUGGUUGGGUGGUUGGGGUGAAGUGGGUGGAUGAUGGGUUGAGAUGGUGAGGGGUAUUAUUAUCAUUUUACAAAAAUGUGUUGUGACUUUUAUUUUGUACUCUUAUUAUUAUUUGUUUGUUUUUGUUUUAAAGAAGAAAAAAAAAAGAGAAAAAAAUAAUUUUUCUAUAGUAGGUUUUGUUUAACCAUCAACUCAAUGGGUUAAUUAGUAUUGUUUGUUAUAUUGUAAUUUGAAAAAAAAAAAGAUGAUUAAAUUAUUGAGUGCCUCA